UUCUAAUUUAUUUAUUUAUUUCCCCCUCUCUGAGCAGCGGUUGGACGUGUUGGAAGUCAACUUAAGCGGAGUUGCACGAGCUCCUGGACGUUGAGAUCACGCGAGACACUGCGUUGUUUUCUCUCUCCGUGUGAGUAACGGUCCUGAAGGAAGGAAGAUUUGUAAAAGGAUAAUGACAGAAGCAAAGAAGAAUACUGAGCAAAGGAAACAUUGGUCAAGAUUACAUGCCUUGAGUAAUCUCUAACCACUCUGGGAACUUUUAAAUAUAACGUGACUCAGACAUGUUAUGAAAUGUAAGGAAGGCGCUGUACUAAUUGUUUCAUGUCCAAGAGAACUUAUAGCCACAAGUAAACCUUCACACUUGUGAAGAAAAGAGAAGAAACACAAUGUACCAAGUUGUACCUGGAGGAGCUGGGGGCACUAUCACAGAAGGCGUGCCCCUUAAAAAAAUAAAUAAGGAGAGUCGUCCACUAGUUGGCGCUGGAGUUCUGGGUCUGGUCCUGGUUAUCGCUGCUGUGACAGCGUGGUGUUAUUAUAUCGCCUCCCUCCGCAAAGCCGAUCUCUUAAAGACAGAGUUAUUGGACCUUAAUAAGGAUGGCUUUUUGAUCCGCAACCAAGCUGGGGGGAUCGUAUUCAGGAUGGCUUUCAGAUCCGGAACCCUUGAUUUGGACUCAUGUUCUAAGGAGGACGUGAUUCUGCGGUGCUCACGCUCCAAUGCUGGCAAAGUAAAUUUCUUCAUCAUGACUGUGAAGCCCAAGGAGACUGUCAUGUGCUACCGUGUGCGGUGGGAAGAGCUGGAGUCAGACCGACCUGUAAUGCACUCCAUGUCUUACAACGGCUCUCACUGGUACGGUGGUUCCGAAUCUGCUAUCCAGCACUGGCCCAUUGCCAUCUCGGGUCAGCAAACACCCAAGCCCUUUGUCACCAGCGACAUUUAUUCAAACCGCGAGGACUUUGGUGGCAUUUUGGAACGCUACUGGCUCUCGUCCAAUGCCACUGCCAUCAAAAUCAAUGAUUCUGUACCCUUUCACUUGGGCUGGAACGAUACCGAGAAGUCAUUGUACUUUGAGGCACGAUAUCAGGACAGUCCGUAUAAGCCCCUUCCUGGGAUGCCACCAUAUGCUGAGCUCAGCUACCGUGUGUGCGUGGGCCCUGAUGUGUCCUCCAUUCACAAGGUCAUGGUCCGCAGGUACUUCCCCAAACCCAACAAGGUGCCGUUAGAAUCAAUGUUCCAAUAUCCUAUAUGGUCCACCUGGGCUUUACAUAAAACUGACAUUAACCAGGAGAGACUUUUGAAGUAUGCAGAAAACAUACGAAAGCAUGGCUUUAACUGUAGUCAAAUAGAAUUGGACGACCGGUACACCAGCCGGUAUGGUGAGUUUGACUUUGAUCCUGAAAAGUUCCCCAAUGCAUCUGGCAUGUUCCAAAAGUUAAAGAGUGACGGCUUUCUGUUGUCAUUAUGGACACAUCCCUUUGUGAACUACGAUUCAUCCAACUUUGGCGUGUGCGUCCAGAAAGGUCUUUUCGUAAUGGAGCCCACUGGACAACUUCCUGCUUUGGUGAGAUGGUGGAAUGGCAUUGGUGGCAUUCUGGACUUUACCAAUCCCGAUGCUCGGAACUGGUUCACCUCCCAUCUGCGAGCACUGCGUUCCAAAUACGGUGUGUCAUCCUUCAAGUUGGAUGCUGGUGAAACAAACUUCCUGCCCUGGCGCUUCCGGACGCAGGCCCAUCUUCCAGAUCCGAGCACAUUCACGCGCCGUUACACAGAAAUGGCGCUGCCAUUCAACGAACGAGCAGAGCUGCGUUCAGGCUAUGGCUCACAGAACAUCUCCUGCUUCUUCCGCCUCAAUGAUCGUGAUUCGGUUUGGGGCUAUGAGCUUGGUCUCAAGUCCAUCAUCCCUACUGUCCUCACCAUCAGCAUCCUCGGCUACCAGUUUAUCUUGCCUGACAUGAUCGGGGGCAACGCGUACGCCAACCGAACCUAUGGGAAUGGUCGACUCCCUGACCGUGAGCUUUACAUUCGUUGGCUGGAGCUUUCUGCUUUCAUGCCAGCCAUGCAGUUCUCCAUCCCACCAUGGGAGUACGACGAUGAAGUGGUAGCCAUCGCCCGGCGCUUCACAUCACUCCAUGAGACACUGGUGGCCCCCAGAGUUCUGGAGCUUGCAGGGGAGGUGCUAAAUACAGGUGACCCCAUCAUCCGUCCUUUGUGGUGGAUAGCCACUGGAGAUGAGACGGCGUAUAGAGUGGACUCACAGUUUCUCAUAGGAGAUGACCUGAUGGUAGCACCAGUGCUGGAGCCUGGCAAGCAGGAACGGGAUAUCUACCUCCCGGCUGGGCACUGGAGGAGCUACAAGGGCGAGCGCUAUGAUAAUAAAGAACCUAUGCAUCUCACAGAUUACGCUGUUGAUCUAGAUGAGAUUGCAUAUUUUCUUUGGGUUCAGUGAUGCUAUGACAGUUGUUACUAUUUUUUUUUUCUUUUUUUUUCAGGGGAUGAGCAUUAUCUACUUUUGCGUAAUUGCAUAUUCAGGGCUGUUCUGUGUUUCAUUUAAACCAACUAAAGCUUGAUGCGUUAAGACAACAUCCUCGUGGGAUAGGAGCAAACAUUUACUGUGCUGAUUGACCCAAUAAAAAAUAAUUUGUGUUUCAUUUUGCCUGUGCAGUUACAGUAGCUAGGUGUGCACACAGUGCUCAUACCCACUCAUGUUUUCAACUGCUUUAUCCUGGUCAGGGUUUGCAGUUUAGCCGGAGCCUUUCCCAGGAAUACCGGGGAAUACCGUACAUCCUGGAUGGGAUGCCAGGCACACAGCGCGCACACACAUUCACAUACUCAUUCAGGGGCAAUUUAGCAGAUCCAGUAAACCAAACUGGGAGGUACGAGGAAAUCCGAGAUCUCAAAGGGAACCUAUGGGGAGAACAUGUGAAAAUCUGGACAGUCAGAAACCUGAGCUCAGGAUCGAAUCACUGCGCUAUCAUGUCAUCUCAUACCCACUCAUGUGCCUUACGUUUUUUGAAUGUACAUAUAACACGUCAGGUUCGCAAGCUUCAAGACUAAACCAAAUGCUAGCUCGAGCACACUUUGAAUGUUAUACUGUACUUGGAAUGCACCAUUAUGGCAAUAAUUUACACUUGUCUACAUCUACCAAGCGCCGAUUGUUUUAUACAGUAUAUUUGAGUACAUGCAAGUCUAAAUUUGGAGAGUAAUAUGUCAAAAGAAAAGGAAUGAAUUGAUUUACUGUGAAAAUAAAUGUGUCCUUAUCUUAAGGUGAUACAAACAAUAAGCAUGGAUUCGUCCAGAUCGUACGGUACUUGAUGCUUAAUGCAUUUUUGUAUGUGCUCGAAUUUUUGGUCAAAGCUAAGUAAUUGCAGUUAUAUGCAUGUCCAUGAGGUUAUACGGAUUUAAUAAGCAGUUAUAGUAUUCAUGGUGUUUAUAAGCGCACACUAGCACCUUGUGAGGAAAAUAUGGGAGAAAGUAUGUAUUUUUGUGAAACUAAAGCUGUACACUGUUUCUAGCUCUAUUUUUAGAAUGCAUCUGUUUGUGUUUAUUCACUGUACGUUCAAUAUAGCACCGUCGCUUUAAACAAUAAUUAUUUUCAUUCGUAAUAGUUUCCAAUAUUGAGACUAGGGAUGCAGUUUUUUCUUUCGGUACAUGAGUUUGUUGGUACUCAUUGAUGAACACCAAAAUAAGUUACUGAAUAUAGAACAGUCAUUCCACGAAAUCGAGUCGUACAUGAGCUGAUAGCCGACGAGGCACGUAGCACCGAGUUGGCUAUUAGUGAUGUACGACGAGAUUGAGUGGAAUAACUGUUUUAUUUUAUCCACAUUCACUGGAUUUUGAGAAAUGGAGCAUUUUUAUCUUUUUAAUUUUGCAAAUUUGAGAAAUUAAAAAAAAUAUACAAAACGUCCGACAAAAUAAUUUCCGCUUAGAAUGUAAACCAACCAGUGAAAUGACAGGAGCAAUUUGUGAAAAAUGCGAUAAUAAUAAUUCUUGAAAAAUAAAAAAGAUGUGUUCUUACCAUAAAACACUUUUCUCAUCUCAUUAUCUCUAGCCGCUUUAUCCCUCUACAGGGUCGCAGGCAAGCUGGAGCCCAUCCCAGCUGACUACGGGCGAAAGGCGGGGUACACCCUGGACAAGUCGCCAGGUCAUCACAGGGCUGACACAUAGACACAGACAACCAUUCACACUUACAUUCACACCUACGGUCAAUUUAGAGUCACCAGUUAACCUAACCUGCAUGUCUUUGGACUGUGGGGGAAACCGGAGCACCCGGAGGAAACCCACGCGGACACGGGGAGAACAUACAAACUCCACACAGAAAGGCCCUCGCCGGCCCCGGGGCUCGAACCCAGGACCUUCUUGCUGUGAGGCGACAGCGCUAACCACUACACCACCGUGCCGCCCAAAACACUUUUAUUCCGGUUUUUUUUUUUUUAUCCCCUGCUGGCCGAAAGGCCCGAAGGGGGGAUUAUGUCGUGGCGAUGUCCAUCCGUCCCAGGAAGGGUACUCACGUUCUGAAAUCAACUUCUCUCACAAUUUUUGGAGGAAUUUCACGAAACUUGACAGGAUUCUUUGUUAUGUCGCUAAUAUGCAUAUUGCAAUUUCGUUCAAUUCGGUCACAUUUUACCAGAGUUAUGGCACAGUUGCCAGCGGGGGAUAUUGUGCUCUCGGAGCACUCUUGUUUUUGUAUUUUUCGUGGUUUUGUUUCCGAGUAGUUUUUACUUCGUCCUCGGUUGGUUCAGCAACACACGCCGCCAUUUUGUUUUUCUCUACUCACAACGUAGUAAUUACAAUGUCUGUAAUUUGCAAACUUCUUUGAGCUUUUGAACCAGUCUAAAAAAAAAUUCAACAAAUUUUAAUAUAAACAAACUGAGAAAAUGUCCUCUUGACAUUUUCCUAGUGCAGAGCAGUGAGCUAAACUUGGAUUGUCACCGUAUACUAAUCUUACAUCAUAUAGGAUCACGUGAAAGAGAAAAUAAGCACAGUAUCGAGCCCUGAUUGAGACUAGAUAGAAUAAGCUGCCAUAUCAUUGCCAAAUAUUUAACAUCAUCCAGUCUUGUUUGUCCUGCCAUCUUUUAUGUGAAAUAUAAAUUUCAUAUUCAUGUUGUGUGUUGUCCGUGAUGUUUGUAUGCAGUAUUAAAUGGUUGUCAGUCAGUGUUUAGUCAGUUAAUCGUCAUCAGAUUGUGUUUUUGCUGCACAGUAAUAUCUUCUUUCUUUUUUAUAUACACUUUUUUUUCAUUUCCGUUUCCGGUUGAGAGUACGUCGUGUGCAUUCUGGCUGCCGCUUCUCACCGGAGCGUUUUUUUUUAUUUUAUUUUAUUUUAUUUUCUCUCCUUUUUUUAAUUUUUAUUUUAUUUUUGUGUGUUUGUGUAGUUUGAUGUUUAUUUGAGUGUUUUUGUCUGCCGGUUGUGGUGUAGCGCCGGACCCAGUUUUGGGCGUCGGUUCCCUCCAGGCCUUGGUUUGCUGUGGGUGAUGCCUGUGCUCCCAGCUAUGGACUGCAGUGAGCUCGUUGCUCAUUUUAACAUCGUGUUAUCCAGCGCUCUGUGCUUUAAUGCUUGGCAUGAUGUUCUGAGCGAUGUUGCUCGGUGGCAUCGUGGCGGCUGUGCAGGCGGUUUGGGAUGUACCAGCGCUAUGCAUGGCGGUGCUUCUGUGCUCGCUUUGUGGAUCCAUGGCGUGGUGUUCGAACGAUGUUGCUGGCAGCGUCACGGUGGCUGUGCUGGCGGUGUGGGACUUGUUUUCAUGCGCCUUUUGGUGGAACUGUGGCUGCUACACCACGGGAAUGACAUCCUGACCCCUAUUUGGUGGAUUUUUUUAAAUUUAAAUUUUAAUUUUUUUCUGUUUAUAAUUGUAAAGCGACCUUGGGUUUUUAGAAAGGCGCUGUAUAAGUUGAACUUAUUAUAAUACACUUGAGUAGAUCCUGCUUCUGCGAGCCACUGUGCAAGGGGAUGAGUUCUCAGUGUUUACAUACAGUAGGAGAAUAAGCGGUAUGUGCCAAAUGUUUGUGCGUGUAUGUGUACUUGGAGCUUUCAAACGAAGAGUCUCUGUAUAUAAAACAGGUGCAUGGUAUCAUUUCAGUGGAGUGCAGCUUAAUUUACAGUUUGAGGAAAUCCCUUUUCCAUGCAUGAGUACAUGUUGAUAAAUUAUGAUAUGUAAAAGAUAUAGGACUUGAUUUGCAUUUGUUUUUUCACUAGAUAAACAGAGGUUACGCAGGUUGAGAAACGGAUCCAGGUUUCUGCAUUUCACAACAACGAAGCAGCUAAGCUUCAAUGAAGCAAACACAGUGUUUACACACUCUGUAUCACGCUUAUCUUGUUAACAUUGACAUGGCACCGGGCCCCUAUUUAGCUUCCGGAACAUUGAUUGAUUGUCAAAUGCCAAUGCACAGGAAAGAAAUUAGCAGAGCAAAACCAGUCUCUCUCUCUCUCUCGUCAGCAUUAUUAUAAAAACACCACAGUUAGUGCUGAUACUUCUGUGAGAAACAUUAAAAAAUUAAUUGGAUUGAAAUCCAACUGUGCAGUUUAACCAAUGUGCACGUUUCUGUAACAGCUUCAGUGUCUCUCACCUGUAGAAAGUGUUUAUCACCACUAGGGGGCAGUGUGUAACUGUUCUUGAUUAUUUAGGCAUGAAGUUCUCCUGCUUGCUUGCUUUUCCUUUGCUGUUAUCCCCCCACAUCUGUAUUUACAUCAAUGUAGUACCGUAUAAGCUCUUUUUAUAAGCUAUUUUAAGCUCUUAACAGUUUCAACUUCUUCAAAAUAAGUCUCAAGUUGCUAUUAAUCAAACCUGAGCCACCAUCGCUAUAGACGUGCCAAUUAUUAUUUUUUUUAAGCUAGAAUGAUGUAUACACUACGACCUAAAGCAAACAAAAAAUGAAAAAAAUUCUCUGCUCAUGUGAGUGAACAUAUUUUGACAUGUAAGAUUUGAAUAUUGUUAGAUCACGGCACUUGGUGUCAUUAUGAUAUGAUUAUUGUUUUGAAAGUUCCGAAGGAUUGAUGUGUCAAUGUUUCAUGAAGUUUGCUUUCCCAGCACAGAGUUCUGUUCUGGUCAGAACUCAUUUCCUGGAAAGAACUAUUUGUCUGCUUGGUGAACAAUAAAGGACACGAUUAUUGAGAAAUUGUGUGAGGUGAUUGUCUAAAUGAAUCCAACAGAGUGCUGUUAAAGGGAAAUUAAUCAGCUGGGGUUGGUGCGAUGUAACCUGAUGUGAAACAGUAAUAACACUCCGACGUUGAUUAUUUUCCAAGUAACAGUACAAACAUU